AUAUUCAAAUAGUACUAUCUAUCUUUUUCUCUGAAAUGGCAACACCGAAUGAAUCCUCUGCUCUGGAGCUAAUCCGGCAGCACCUUCUCGGAGACUUCACCUCCACGGAUUCCUUUAUUACCAACCUCUGUGUUAAUACCUCUAAACCCUCUUCCUCCUACCUUCCGCUCAUCAAACUUGAGCCGGAAAGUUCCCAGUCGGAAUCUGAGUCCCACUCUCCCAUUUCGGAUCCGAGCUGCCAUAACCCAGAAUUCGAAGCCUCCAAUUUCGAAACAAAACGGUUGCUAAAGAAGGCCAGGCGGUCCGAAUCGCCUGAACCGGCUAAAGGGUCGGAGCAGAAGGCGUCUGAUUAUGGCGGCGGUCAGGGCAGGCACUACAGGGGAGUUCGGCGUCGGCCGUGGGGGAAGUUUGCGGCGGAGAUCCGAGACCCGACCCGGAAUGGGAGGCGGGUUUGGCUUGGAACGUUUGACACUGCUGUUGGUGCUGCCAAGGCCUACGACUGCGCCGCCUUCAAGAUGAGGGGUCGUAAGGCCAUACUGAACUUUCCUUUGGAGGCCGGCCAGUCUGCGGUGAACACCUUUGGGGGACGAAAGAGGAGGAAAGAGAACAGAGAGGUGGCGGUGCCGGAAUCCGACGAAGUGGCGGUGGAGAGUUGGAUGGUUUGGGAUCAAGCGGAAGAGGUAGAGGAGGAAGAGGAAGAGGAGAUUACUGUGCUUGAUGAUGCAGAUCAACGGUCAGGGUUGUCUCGAAAACCAGUUGUCACCACGUGUUAAUAUGCUAUUAGGUGUAUUUUGUAACAAAGUUAAAUGUUAAUUAUGUUAUGGUUCAUGCGGAAGUUCACGUUGUUCAAAUUGCUAAUAAUUCGAACAGUAAAGGCAAGCAAGUUAAUAUAAAAUGUCUACAUGUUCAUAUAAGUGAUUAUAUUUUUCUUA